CGGCAAUCCUGUAAACCAUUGCUAGAAAUGGCGUUCAUUCAGCCAUGAAAUACUUAAAUUAAAGUUAUCAUAACCAUAAUGUAUCAGUCCGAAAGUUAUUUUAUUUGAAGAGUUGAUUUUCUAAAACGCCUUGGGUGUUUUUCCAAUAUAUCAGAACAAAUGCGCAUGUCUGUAUGGCCAGCUGGCGCAGUGCCAGUAACCAGCUGCAUCAUGGGAGGUGUUGCGGACAGGAGUACCAUUCCCCUCUUCCCCCUCUUGUUUGCCCGGGCAAAGUUUUGUCUCCCGGCCAAGCAUGUUAUGCUGAAGCCGGGGCCGCUUAGGAGAGAGUCGAAAAUAAUGGUGCUAGGCUUACUACGCAACUCAGUUGAGAGACUAAAAUUUGAAAUAUUGUGUGGUAUAUCAUAUGUAUGUAUAUAUAACAUUAGAUUCUGGAUAAGUUAAUUUUACUUUUAUUAGUACCUGGAAAUAGAGGUUAAUAAAUUAAAAAAAUAUAGGCAACGUCCGCUAUCCUUUAUAUCAUUCUAAGAAUGUCCCAUGUGCUGUGUAAGCUUUAGGAAAUUUAUUUUUUAUUUAACGACCCUUUAAGUUGGAUAUAGAUUGACAAAAAUAUUCAUUUUGAUUCUUUUUUGCCCAUAUUUCGUUGAGAUUCUGGUCUAAAUGCCCUGAAAAACAUUUAUUAUAGGGAUUUAUGAAUAAGAAUGAAGUUUUCAAGAUUGCUUCAAAAACUUGGAUGUAUAUUCAAAUAGUUUCUGUUCAGUCAUAUUUAUGUAAAUCGACUGAACGAGAAACAUUCCACUCCCUAGUCCCCACCCCACAAGCAGGCGGAUGCUUCGGCAUCUGCGCAUGCGCUGCAAGUGUCCAGACCUUGACGUAGGAAGCUGAGGCCCCGUAGUAGGCUUAAACAAUCGUGAGCUGCCUUCUUGUUCGCCCCUUUCUGCUGCUUGCUUGUUUGCAGGAAUCAUUGAGUUUGUUCGUGCUCGGUAAAUUUUCUUGUUUUAAAUUCGUUCCGAUAUUAUUUGCUCACUGAUCAGUUCAAUUUCAACAAAAUAUGGACUGGUACUAUUUCUAAUCGCGUUCGUGACGUUUUAAUAUAUCGUUUUGAGUGGAAUCCUUAUGGACGACAUCGAAUUUUCAGUGUAUGGUGUCAAUUUUAAGAAGAAAUCAUGUGAGCUGCCUCAAUGUGAUUUGAGAUGAAACGGAGGGUGGAGGAGCCAUUGGCACAAGUGAAGCACGAGCCUGGCACGGUGUACCGCGGGGGGCAGCCCCUCUCCCCGCGCGUCCUGGAGUCUGUCUCUGGGACUGUGCAGUUCUCGCUUCAACCCACCUUUAAUUCAGUGAUGCCUGGUGCCACUGCUACCACCACACCUGGCAAGGGUGGCAGUGGCUGCAUACAAGCUGCUCCGGUCUCCAGCAGCACGCUGCAAACUCAUGUUUUGCAUAUGCCCUCUCACCAGCCAUCACUGCGACACAAGGUACAUACGAGCACUGCCAAUACUCCAGCAUCAGUUACUGGAAGUCCAGCUGUAUCGUCUACUACUGGUCAGCAGCAGUUUCAGAGGCUGAAAGUGGAGGAUGCCUUAUCGUACCUGGAUCAAGUAAAGUUCAAAUUUGGCAAUCAGCCACAAGUGUACAAUGAUUUCCUUGAUAUCAUGAAAGAGUUCAAGUCUCAGAGCAUUGAUACACCAGGCGUUAUUCACAGAGUUUCAACCUUAUUUAAAGGUCACCCAGAGUUGAUUGUUGGUUUCAAUACAUUUCUGCCACCUGGAUACAAAAUAGAGGUCCAAUCCAAUGAACAGGGUUAUGCUUUCCAAGUGUCGGUCUCCAUGCCAAGUCCGACGUCCACUACUACACUCGUGCACACACCGGGCUCAGUGACGCACCAGACCGUGAUCCCAACGACCAGCCCGGUCACCAUCACCAACACCGUGACUCUGUCCGGGCCACCUCCAGCUAGCGGGACCAAGUCUCCAAGUCUGCCAACUGUGCACAGCACGAGCGUGGCCAGCACCCCGGCGAUAGUCCCUCCGGCACCCAACCACGGGUCCCCGCUGUUCGCGAGCCACCCCUCCCCCGCGACGACGCCCAACAACGUGGGGAACAGCCACGCGCACCACAACAACAGCCACCACCACGCCCUGGCCCAGGCACACCAGGCGGUGUCCCAGGCGCUCAGCAGCAUGGAGUCGGGCGUGCCGCACGCCACGCCCCAGAGCCAGCCCGUCGAGUUCAACCACGCCAUCAACUACGUGAACAAGAUCAAGAACCGCUUCCAAGGCCAGCCCGACAAGUACAAGCGCUUCCUGGAGAUCCUGCACACGUACCAGAAGGAGCAGCGCACGGCCAAGGACGGCACGCCCAACCCGGGCAAGCACCUCACCGAGGCAGAGGUGUACUCGCAGGUGGCCAAGCUGUUCGAGCACCAGGAGGACCUGCUCGCAGAGUUUGGCCAGUUCCUGCCCGACGCCACCAGCCACCAGUCCUUCCUGGUUUGUUCUUCCAACCAGAGCGGCAAGGGCAGCAGUAGUGACCACGCGGGACUGGUGAAGAAGCCAACGAGCGUGAAGCCAGGCUACAACAACCUAUGUAGCCCACUGGAUCCAGUCGUGAACGUGGACCGCAGCCUGGGAUCGGGCAACAAGUUUGGGCACAACGGCAACCAGGUGAAGAGAUCGCCGUCCUUCUCGGGCACCCCAGUGCAUGGCCCCCCUGUCAAGAAGCACAAGGUGGCAACCUUGAGGGACAUCUCGCUGGCCGAGGCAUGCAAAUACGGCACCUUAACCGAAUACGCGUUCUUCGACAAGGUUCGUAAAGCCUUUAGAUCUAAUGGUGCCUACCAGAACUUUCUACGUUGCCUUAUUCUAUACAACAACGAAAUCAUAUCGAAAGUUGAACUGGUGCAGCUGGUCACUCCCUUUCUCGGCCGUUUCCCAGAGUUGUUCAGGUGGUUCAAGGACUUUGUGAGGUACAAUGACACUCCAUCAGCCGGACCACCUGGGGUGCAGAAGUCUCCAUCGCCUUCAGCUGGAUUGGACGUUGUUCCAAACCUGGGGAGACAAGACCGACCAACGGGGGAUUUGGCAAUGGAGAUAGAUUAUACAUUGUGCAAGAGAUUAGGAGCCAGUUACUGUGCGUUACCAAAGUCGUACGUUCACCCAAAGUGUUCUGGGAGGACACCACUUUGCAAAGAAGUCCUAAAUGACACGUGGGUGUCAUUUCCUACCUGGUCGGAAGAUUCCACCUUUGUAACAUCUCGGAAAACUCAGUAUGAAGAAUACAUCUAUCGCUGUGAAGAUGAAAGGUUUGAGUUGGACGUUGUCAUUGAGACAAAUGCGUCAACAAUACGGGUGCUGGAGGGUGUCAAUAAAAAGCUCCAGCGAAUGUCUUCUGAAGAUGCUGCCAAAUAUCGAUUGGAUGACAAUUUGGGAGGAUCUUCCCCCACCAUUCAUCAGAGAGCUUUGAAAAGGAUAUAUGGUGACAAGGCACCAGACAUCAUUGAAGGUCUCAAAAAGAAUCCAGUUAUAGCAGUCCCUGUGGUUCUUCGAAGGUUAAAAGCGAAAGAGGAAGAGUGGAGGGAAGCAAAAAAAGGCUUCAACAAAAUCUGGCGUGAGCAAAAUGAAAAAUUUUAUCUCAAGUCUCUAGACCACCAGGGGAUGAAUUUCAAACAGAAUGACAUCAAAGCAUUGCGCUCAAAAAGUUUAUUCAAUGAAAUUGAGAGUCUUUUUGAUGAGAGGCACGAGCAGGCGGACGAGCGCUCCACAGACCCGUCCGGUCCCCACCUUGUGCUGCGGUACAAGGACAAGAGCGUGCUGGACGACGCAGCCAACCUCCUCAUCCACCACGUCAAGAGGCAGACCGCCAUCCACAAGGAGGACAAGCAGCGCAUCAAACAGCUGCUGAGGCACUUUGUGCCCGACAUGUUCUUCCACCCUCGUCAGGAACUGAGCGAGGACGAGCGCGAGGACGAUGAUGAGAAGGAUGAAAAAGACGAUGUGGACAUGGAAGGAUGUACAAAUAGCAAUAGUAAUCUCACAGUUCCUGUCAGUUGCGGGCUGAGGGGCAGGAAGGCAGAUCCCGUGAAGAAAGAGCCGGACGCUGGGGGAGGAGACAUGUCCGACAAUGUGGACAUCAAACCCCUCCCCCAUGCUCUUGCCUCGAACCCGGAUGAAUGUUACACCCUGUUCUUCGGAAACAACCACUGGUACUUGUUUCUGCGGCUGCACCAAAUCCUCUGCGAGCGGCUAACCAAAAUGUAUGACCAUGCAGUAGCGCUGGCUGCGGAAGAAGCCAAAUACCAGGUCGACCGGAAGGAGUCCACCGCGGUGGCGCUCAGACUUAAGCCUACAAUUGUUCCAGGUGGAAUCAAAGUGGAGGACUAUUACCUGACGUUUCUAGAUAUGGUGAAGAAUGUAUUGGACGGGAACAUGGAAAACAAUACGUAUGAAGACACGCUCAGAGAGAUGUUUGGCAUUCAUGCGUACAUUGCCUUCACACUGGACAAGGUGGUGUCCUACGCUGUAAGACAGUUGCAGCAUCUGGUCUGCGACGAGCUGUGCCAGAUGUGCACGGACAUGUUCCACCAGGAACAGAGGCACGGCGGCACUGGUGGGCCGUGCGGCAUGGCCCACUUGAGGGCAGCCACGGAGUUGGCCUACCAGCGCCGAGCUGAGCACAGCCUGGCCGAGGAGAACUGCUUCAAGAUAUGCUUGUACAAAAUAGACUGCAAGUUGACCAUAGAGCUGUUGGAUACGGAGAUAGACGAAACAUCUCCACCCUGUGAGGCUGGCAAGUGGUCCUAUGUGGAUAGAUUUGCAAGCAAUGGUGUUGAUGGAGGAGGAGAUACAAUGACUCUGAGCGGAGAUGAAGUGCAUUAGGAGAUAUUUCGUGACUGAUUUGGGCCCGCUGCAGGUACUGUUUGCCCACGCCCAUGUGAGUGGUCACGUUUCAGUCGACACACACAUCUUACAAGCAGCUGUUUCAGAUGACCGUUUGCCAAGGUAAAACUUAUCAACUAAAGCUCAUAGCAUUGUGCGGGGGGGAGGGGGGAGGAGUUAGCAUGGAGACACUAAUAAAAAUCUGGCCAAAUACAAAGAAAAAAAUUUCUUUACAUACAUAAAUUACAUUCUCUGUUUAAUAAUACAAAACUUAAAUGUUACUGAAUAGUAGAAAUUGUUAAUAGUGAAAAUAAUUUUACAAUUCAUAACCUAAAUGAGCACUAUUGUUAUGCUACGUAUCCUACAUAUCCUAACGAGUACGUAGGCAUAAGUGAGCAAUAUUUAUCUGGCGUAAACUGGACCUAUACAAUACGUAAACUGAUUCCAUGCAUAGCUUAAUAAACGUUGUACAGUGCAGUUUUCCAAGUCAACUUUCUCAUGUGUAAGAAAUAAUUCAUACAUAAAUAACAAAAGUACCAACAGCAGCCAACUAUGCGAGAAUAAAUUAUUUCUGGUAUUAAUUUUGUCAUGAAUUUGUAUUUUAGCAACAUUUAAUAUCAGUUUAACAUAAAAGUGCUUUCUUGGUGUCUCAUUCUAAUUAAGUUAAAUGCAGAUGUAUCAUGUGCCAUUUUUAUAGUCAGUCAUGGCAAUAUGCAGUAGCUUUAUGUUGGCUUUUUUGGACUAAUUGUAUUAUUACAUCUGGACUAUCAUUUUAAUUAGAACAUACCAGUCUGGUAGAAUAUUCAUGUUUUAUUUACAUACAUGAAAUUUUCUUUUGAAUUGGACACAUUCUGGUCAGGUACAGUAUAUCUAUUUUAUGUUAAUAAUUAUUUGGAUCUCCUUGCAACCAGAACGCCCUAAAUGUUAAAGAGAAUGUAACGAAAAUCUUCUAAACAGUAAAACCAUAGCAAUAUGGGGGAAAAUGUACAAUAAAAAUGCAUAUUCAUAUUAAUAUGCAUUUAUAUUUUUACAGUCUAUGUGUAAAAGUAGAGGAAAAAUUUAACUACAGUAAUUACUGUAAACUCACAAAAAAUGUUAAUAAUUUGAACACACAAAAAUAUUACUACUGUUUGAUACAUCUGUGACAAAAAAUAGACUGCUUACAUAUCUAACACAACACAUAAUAUGGUCCACUUUGGAUAGACAUUAAAAGUAAUGCAUAAACCAAUAUUGGCAUCUCAGGAUAGCAGUAACUUGUUAUAUGUGCAUUAAUUGAUGAUAUUUUGAGACUUUAAAGAAAACAAACAAAUUAAAUAAAGUUCCAGAGUUAAAAUGUCCAUAAAAAUUUAGUACAUGUGACAGGAACAGAUAAUUAUAACAAGUGUAUUACUUGUGUAAUGAGCUGAUUGUCGCUACUAUGUAAUGAAAAAGGAUAAUUUAUUAAAAUUUUGAUUAAUGUGGUAGUGUAGCAAGGAUUUCAUUUCACAAAAAUUUCCUAUCCAGGAACUAUAAAACAGCUAUGAAUUUUUGUUUGCUGCAUGCUCGUUGUAAAUGCAUGUGUACCAUUGUAAUACCUAUUUUUCAUACAUUUUGAUAAUUUUAGGAAGUUUCAGUUUCUCUUGUUUGUAACGUGAAAAUUCUUUGGUGUGUAUACCUUUGCUGCAGAACUUCAAAAUGUAAUUACACUUGCCACUGCUAUUCAUAGUUAGGUGGGCAGCAUAUUUUUAAGGCGGUCUUUAAAGUAAUCUGGUUGAGAGAUGUGUGUUGAAGAAAUUUUAUAUGUAUUAAUAUAGAAUAUACUAUGCUUUUGUCACAAUAUACCAGCUUAGUUUUACUGCAUGGGUAAUUGUUUACUGUAAUGCAUUAUACUCCUUGCUUUAUCAUUCAUUCAUUCAUUAAAAAUAAAAUCAUACCUUAUUCAAAAUUUCGUGUUUAACUAAAUUGAAAUAUUUUACUUGAGGAUUGGCCAUGUAUUGCUGGAUUUAAUUCAUUGCUAUACAGCUUAAAUUCCCUAGUAGGGGUGUUCGAAGUUUCAUUCCAGUAAAAAAAAAUUUAACUUGGCCUCAUCUGAUCAAAUUAUAUAUUUUUUGUUUCAUAUAAUAAUCAGAUUUAAUCUGUUCCCAAACUUCUAUAGUCCUGUUGUAAUGCUUCAAAAAUUACUUCAGUUACUUGUACAGUGUAAAAACAUAAGUCUAAAUCAUAGACUAUUAUGACCAAAUGGAAUAACUACACCUUGGUAUGGAAAGGUUAUACCUGAUGUUUCACCAUGCCUUCUUUAAGUUAAUUGUCCUUAAAGAUGGCUGCAACAAGGCAUCCCUAAACAUUUGUGCCAAAUGUUACGGGGUGUGGUCUCAACAUCUAAGAAGAAAAGUUGCUGUGUAAAAACACUUUAAAUGUUUGUAGUUUUUAAUUUAUUUUCCCCCAUUAUUACAAUUUAUAUUUCAACUUUGAAAAUUUGAGAAUUAAAUACUCAACUUCAUAUUAGGUGCUCUAAAAAUUGAAUUUCGAACACCUCUAUUUCUAGUAAUUGCAUGUAAAGCUUUGUUUGGCUAGGUUGGCUUCUAGCCUAUAUAAACAUUUUUCCAGAACCAUUUUUGAGAAACACGCCACCGCAAUAUAUUUUCCCUGAACAGAAGGAGGCCACUGAUGUGUUUUUGAACCAGUUUGAGCCUUACAUG